UUACUGUGUUUACUGCUGCUCUCACAACAGCGACUGACAACACUUCUGAACGCUGCAUCAGUUUCGCAAACAUGGCCACUCUGAGCUCGAAGCCAGGCUUGCGUUACAGCGUGUCCGACUGGGCGACUAAUAAUAAACAGAUCUCACACACUGCCGAGAACAAGCGCGACAUUUCACACGAGACACGCCAGGAAGGAAGAGCCCUGCGUAAUGAGACGACCAUCAAGACGAACUGGGACGAGUAUGACAGCAGCAGGCGGCUGAGUGACCGGGUCGAUGACGUCACGCGCUGGAAGGACAGUCUGAAAGCUUGUGCCCAGCAAGUGGACGCAGAAAUGGACGCUCUUACUCUGUCCAAGGAGGAGACAGAGCGAGCCCUUGCUGCCACUGUUCUGCCCCUUGAAGUCACAGCGGAGUGCUUGAACAUCAGGGAAGGUCGUCGAGGCAAGGAGCUGAUCAGUGACCCUGUAGAAGCUGAACUGAAGAAGGAGGUAGAGGUGAUUGAUGGAGCACAACGCAUCCUUCAGCAGUGCAUCGAUCAGUCUUUUGAACAGCUGUGUCGCUUACAGGAAGCACGGCAACAGCUGACCACUGACCUUCAGGAUAAAAUAGAGGCCCUUGAUGUGGACAUGUCAUGCUUAUCUCUCACUAUACGGUCACCUGAGAUCUCUCUAAAGCCAAACCCCACGAGAGUGCCCCCCGGUUCCACAACUCCUCAGCAGUGGGAGCAGUUUAGCCGAUACAAUAUUACCCGAGCUAAAGAAGAGAUGCAGGCCUCUGUGCAGAUAAGAGAAAACAACAACAUCACAAGAGCGCAGGUGCAGAAUGAUUUGGAGGCCCAAAGAAUGGCAGUGGAGUUUGCUCUCCGUAAACGAACACACCACGAGGAACAGGCCUAUUACGAAAUGCAAUGGCAGCUAAAAACAACUCAAGAAGAGAUCGCCGAGCUGGAGAAGGACAUUUGUGGCCUAGAGGAAGAUAUGCAGGCCAAGACGGCUCCUCUAAAGCUGGUCCACACACGUCUAGAGAACAGGAUAAAGAGGCCUGGCAUGGACCUGUGCCGAGAUGAGGUUCAGUUUGGUUUGGUGGAUGAAGCCAAGCAGCUGGAAGCCACCAUUCUGGCACUGAAACAGAAGUUAGCACAGGCCCAGCACUCUCUGCAGUCUCUGAAACAGCACGAAGCUCAGAUGAUAGAGGAUUUGUCUCGUAAGCACGACGCCCUGUCGCUGGAGCAGCGCAGCAGCCAGACCCGGCAGCGCCUGACUCUGGGGGUCCAGACUGAGGGUCUGCCCUCAGCUGUGGUGCCUCUCACCAAUUCCAGUGGCAGACACAAGCUGGACCUUGCUUGAGCCGACACACUGUUUCGUACCUCAUACUUAAAGCGACGUCACAUUUUCCAUUGCUCAGCAAAAUUUUAUGGGAAAAAUCCAGCCAUUCCCACAUGAAUACAGGAGGAGUUUCACAUGAGGGCAUAAAAAUAGGUGACCAGAUGUGCCACUUCGCGGAAACAUGCUCUGCCAAGGAUUUUCGGAUUGGCUAAAAUCUGAACAUUUUCUAAAAAAAAAGUCUUGACAUAAAAAUGUGUGCACCCAUUUGUAAAUUCUUUGGGUUCUGUGGUUUAGCUUCCGCAUCCAGCUAUUUUUAGUCUUACAAAACUACCCAUAGGCUUACUUCUGCAUUGAAGAAAAAGGUGGAUAGAGAUAUGUAGAUGUGGAUCCUUUCACAGCACCCAUAUAUAAAGUCCUGACAGAAAUAACCAUGUUUUGCCACAGGUAGACUGUUGUAUGACAUCUCAGUGCUCUGCUCUCUAUAGCUCUUUUGGUACUUAGAUGUCAUGGGAAGUGGCACGUCUUGUCACCUUACCAUAAAAGUCUCCCACACAGACUUCACUUUUCUUUAAGUUGAAAGUGUUAGGAUUGAAAAUGAUUGAUAUCUGUGCAGUUCUUUAUAUAUCUCUACACUACUGAGAGUGGAUGUUUUUUUUGUUUUUUUAGUUAAAUAAUGUGACCAGACUUUUAUUCUAAAUAGAUUCAAAGAGCAUGAGAAAUCAAAUUUUACUUCAUCUCUUGAAAUAAGCAGAAAUAACUCAAAACUUUCUCUAGUCUAAAAUAUGACGUACCUUAAAUACAUCUUUUACAGUCAGUCACUGCUAUGCAUUAUGCACAGUUUCAAUUUGAAUAUCACUAUAAAGAAGAAAACAAAGUCUGUUUUCAUAAAGUGCCCAAUUACUGAAAAACCUCAUCAUCCAGCACAAUCGGUGGAAAAGUAUAAAAUGAGCAAAAUGUUUAAAUACACGCACUUCAGUGAAAUACAAUUCAUGCAGUAUGUCAAAUCUUUAAAACCAAAAAAAAUACAUAAAUCAACACGUGGCAACAUUGUAAAAGCAGGCCAAUUACACGAAAACUAUGGACACAUAAACAUCCACAACAUUUUGACGUCAGACAAAUGAACAUAUUGACACAGGAUCAUACACAAGUCAAUUGCGUAGGUGUGACAUUUAGCAACUUAAUCUAGCUCAGGGUGAGGUAAUGAAGAGGAAGUAUAGUAGAUAGACCCUUUUAACCAAAGAGGUUUACAGUGUGAUCAAGGGAUACAUUUUAUCAGUACUUGUAUUGUCUGGGAAUUAAACCCAAACCUUUGGUGCUGCCAGUGCUACGUUCUACCAGUUGAGCUGCAAAAAUGGGCAAUUUAAUUGGUCAGAGAGAGGAUGGAAACUGUUUAUUAAUUGCAUGGUUUCUAAGUAUGACAUUUCAAACAUUUAUUUGAUUUUUACGAGUAAGAAUGGAGCAAAUAUCUUAAAUAUGAAAACAUACUAACAUGUUUUAAUAGUUGUAUAAAUGAUUAUGUUCUUGACUCAUAGUAAACUGCAUGUGAAGCAUUGUGUUAUAUUGUUAAAUGGCCUUUUUUGUUUUCACAGACCUUUACAACAACAGCGUUAAUCCAUCUGUCAACAGAUUUCGGUUUUAUGUCUGGGAAGAGAAGAUAAUGUCAAAUGAAAGCCUCUAUUUAGACUGGACUUUGACUCUCAGUGAUGAACAUGAUAAAAGAAUGGGUGACACAAAAA